GGCUUGGUUUUUCGGCUUGCUGUGCUGACUUGCAAACAUGCUUCUCCUUGCUUGCGGACCAGCGCUGUGCAUCAGCUGCGCUGUGUACAGAUCAUCCGUCGCAGCUGUAGGAAGUUCCCGACUUGAGCAUGUUAAAAAGCACCAAGGGCUUGACGGACAGACUAUGCUCCUUUUAAAGAGCCGUUAGUACCGUUAGCGUCGAAAUAACGGCGAGCAGCGAUUUCCCGCAGAGUGUUGCCCGAGAUCGACGAGGGGAUGCUGAUUUUUCCUCACAAGCCUGAAGAUGUACAGUUUUGAGGGAGAUUUCAGGCAGAAACCUGAACAGGCUCUCGGUGGAGCCAGCCGCAAGGUCUACCGCGAUGACUUGCUCAAGAAAAGUGCCCUGCGUCGACAAACCCGCGAGGAAUACCGGAGGCAGCAGCUGGCAGCACUUCGCAUCAACGCCUGUGUCCGAGGCUUUCUCAGCAGGCUACACCAGGCUCGCGAGCUGCGACGCGAGUUUGACGCCGCCUCGAGGGUGCCCGGCGACCUUGGGACGCUCCUGCGGUCCCUGGCGUUCUUCUACAACGCCGACCUGGACGGUCAGCGCCUGGUCUGGCUGAGCCAGCUGGUGCUGAGCCGCAAGGAGCAUGUGGCGAGUCAGGUGGAGGACCCCGUGUGGAGGCUGCGGAUACGGAACCUGCUGGCUCUGAACACGCUGGCGCUGGCCCGCGAGGGUCACCCGACGGGCCCGUCGCUCCGAGUGCUCGAGGUGUUCGGCUCACCCGAGACGUACGCCAGCGGCGGGCGCAUUUCGGGUGACACGGCGACGGCGCUGUGCCCGUGGCUACAGCAGCUGUGGCUCCACUUGGCGCAGCGGUGCCACUUCUACUCGCAGCUGCGCAGGCUCCUGGCGACCAGGGUUCCCGAUCCCGGCCCCAAGGAGGAGGGCACGCCUCAGGCCUCGACACCGAUGGCACAAGCACUGGUGGAUAUCCUCCUCCAGCCAUUGAACUCCUCGGUGGCCGGCGGCAACGAAGGCGACUGGUAUCGCCGCAAAAUCCUCGAAUCUUUACUUGCCGGGUUGCUGGGAGACUGUCCUCAGGUGGUGCGACUGGUGUUGCCCGCGCUAGAGUCUCGGUGGCCGGUGCCGGGAGAGCCGUUCCUGAGGGCGGUGCUGUCGCUUCCUCCGUCGGCGUGGCUGCUCCAGGCGCUGGUGCGGCUCUCCAGCCCCCGGGAGCCCCUGUUCCUGCCCGCAGUGGCCCACCUCACACCCUGCCUAGGCCGGAAAGGAACGCUCGUUUCUGCGGGGGGUGACAUGGAGGACGGGGACUUGGGAGAGAUGUUGGACUCCAAGGACAGCAACGGCCAGACGGGACAGGAGCAGACGCUGGCCGAGGAGGUGCUGGAAGACGCGCUGGCACGUCUGGACAGCCCCGAGACGGUCUCUGUGCUGGUGGAGGGUCAGCCCCACAACAUGGAGCCCCUGUGCCAGCUCGGCUGGGCCCUGCUCCUGAUGAGGCCCAUGGCCCUGCACGAGUGCCGUCUGCUCUACACGCUCGCCUUCAUGCCGAGCUUCCUGCGGCGGCUGUGGCUGGCCCUCUGCGACGCGCGGGCCCCUUCGCUCUUCACUCCCGGAGGCACCCCUCUGCUGCAGCUCCUGUCGUCGGGAGUGUGUCCUCCGGGCGACGUGGCCAGAGGCUUUGCCUGCCAGCUCAGCCUGUUCUGCAGCCUGCUGGCCCACCUGCUCCCAACCCUGCACGACACAGAGUUCUACGAGUCGCAAACCGUGGGAGACCCGAUGCCCUUUUCGCUGGACCAACUGGUGGAAGUGAGCGGCCAGCUGCGGACCCUCUGCUUGGGACUCUUGGAGCUCUGCUUUCCAGAGACGCGGACAAGUUUCUCGGAGCGCCAGAGCCAGCUCGUGUCCGAACUCUGGAAGCCGAUGUUCAAGGCUGCGGUGGCGCUCGUGCGGCAGCUCUACGCCCGAGAUUCGCGGCGCUCCUUCUGCCCCGAGGGCCACUGGGUGUCGCCCAGGGCCAACCAGAUCUGCCCCGAGCGGGUGCCCGACUGGAACCUGCAGGUACCUCGAUUGGCCAGCUGCGGUAGCGUGGCGUCCAGGAAGCAGCUCGAGGAAGAGGGACCUCCCCUGGCUACGAGCGAGCUGCGCAGCGUGGCCCUCUUGCAGGAGAUGCCCUUCGUGGUGCCUUUUCCCGUGCGCGUCAGGGUGCUGCAGAGCCUGAUAGCGCAGGACAAGUCCGAGAACAUGCGCGAGCUGUCCAACUUCUUGCUGGGACCCCAGAUCCACCUGGUGGUGAGGAGGGACUACCUCUAUGAGGACGCUCUCGAGAAGCUCUCCGGAGAGCUCAACCUCAAGCUCAAGCUCAGGGUGCAGCUCGUCAAUGCGGCGGGGCUCGAGGAGGCAGGAGUGGACGGAGGGGGCCUGAUGCGCGAGUUCCUGGGCGAGUUGAUGCGCACGGCGUUCGACCCCAACCGGGGGCUGUUCCGCUGCACCCACGACCGGCGCCUGUACCCGAACCCCGCGGUGUCCCAACUGCCGGACUACGGGCCCCUGCAGGCCGCCCGCCAGUACACCUUUGUCGGCCGCAUGCUCGCCAAGGCGCUCUACGAGGGCAUGCUCGUCGAGCUGCCGCUGGCGCACUUCUUCCUCGCCAAGCUGGUUUCUCCCGGCCGUGGCGAUCUCGACCUCCACCACCUGGCGUCGCUCGAGCCGCUGGUCUACCGCAACCUGCUCUUCCUGAAGGGCUACCCCGGAGACGUGGCAGAGCUGGGGCUGGACUUCACGGUGCUCAGCAGUCAGCUGGGACACUCGACACUGGAAGAGCUCAAGCCUGGCGGCGCGAGCAUACCCGUCACGGCGGCCAACCGGAUAGAGUACAUGCACCUGAUGGCAGACCACCUGCUCAAUGCGAAGCUGAGGCAGCAGUGCCUGGCGUUCCGGCAGGGGCUGGAGGAGCUGCUGCCGCCACACUGGCUGCGGCUGUUUGCACCGCACGAGCUGCAGGUGCUCAUCUCCGGGGCACAGAGUCCCGUGGACUUGGAAGACCUGCGGCAGCACACCCACUACGAGGGGGGCUACACCGCCGAUCAUCCGGUCGUCAGGGCGUUCUGGAAAGUCCUGGAAGGCUUCGACGAGCGCCAACGACGGCUCCUGCUCAAGUUUGUAACCAGCUGCUCACGGCCUCCGCUGCUGGGCUUCAAGGACCUCGAGCCGCAGUUCUGCAUCCAGUCGGCGGGGGCCGAGCCUGGCCGGCUCCCGACGGCCUCCACGUGCAUGAACCUGCUCAAGCUGCCGGAGAUACCGGACGAGUCGAUGCUCCGCGACAAGCUACUCUAUGCCAUCGAAUCCGGAGCUGGCUUCGAGCUCAGCUAGCGUCGGCUUACGGACCCGUGCCCCCAGACGUGCCACCGGCAAGCCCCGGCAAGCCCCGCCAAGCCAAUCACAGAUACGCCAAGAGCCGCAGCACCCGUUUUAUUGCGGCACGCGUCGGCGACCGAAUGAACUGUCGAGACGCCCUUCGUUCGAGUUUGUGAGUCGUGUAACAUAGUUGGAAAUAAACCGGACGGGAACUGC